UUCAGUCAGAAACACUGCAGUCGAGACGAGUCUCUGCUUUUCUCUCAGAGACGAUUCAAAGUGACGUCUUCAGGUUUUUCUCAACAACUCAACAGAGUCUCUUCCAAACACUGACAUGGCUUCUGCACACUUUCUGCCAUCUGAAGCUCAGUUCCUGUGCUCCGUCUGUCUGGAUGUGUUCACUGAUCCAGUCACAACACCAUGUGGACACAACUUCUGCAAAAAGUGCAUCACUGAACACUGGAAUGUGAGUGACAGGUGCCAGUGUCCCAUGUGCCAAGAGGUUUUCACCACCAGACCAGAUCUGAGGGUCAACACCUUCAUGUCUGAGAUGGUUUCUCAGUUCAGACAGUCGACUCAGCAGAAAGCCAGCAGCAGCAGCUCAGAGCAACAAGAGUCCAGACCAGGAGAAGUUCCCUGUGACGUCUGCACUGGAACCAAACUGAAGGCCCUGAAGUCCUGCCUGGUGUGUCUGGCCUCCUACUGUGAGACUCACCUGGAGCCUCACCUGUCAAGACCAGGUCUGAAGAGACAUCAGCUGAUGGAUCCUGUGGAGAACCUGGAAGACAGGAUGUGUCUGAAGCACGAUAAACCUCUGGAGCUGUUCUGUAGGACCGACCAGACGUGUGUCUGCAUGCUCUGCACUGUGUUGGACCACAAGAUGCACAAUGUUGUUCCUCUGAAACAAGAAUGUGAAGGAAAGAAGGUGGAGCUGCAGAAGACAGAGGCUGAAACUCAGGAGAUGAUCCAGAAGAGACGACUGAAGAUUCAGGAGGUCCAACACAACGUGAAGCUCAGUGAGGAAGAUGCAGACCGAGAGAAAGCAGAAGGUGUUCAGGUCUUCACUGGUCUGAAGGAGUCUGUGGAGAGGAAACUAAACGAGCUCAUCACUACGAUAGAAGAGAAGCAGAGAAGCACCAAGAAACAGGCUGAAGACGCCAUCAGAGAGAUGGAACAGGAGAUCUCUGAUCUGAUGAAGAGGAGCACUGAGGUGGAGAAGCUCUCCCUCUCUGAAGACCACCUCCACCUCCUCCAGAGUGUCCAGUCCCUCAACAUCCACCAUCCACCACCCACCAAGGACUGGUCUCAGGUCAGUGUUCCUCCAGCAUCCUCUGUGAUGAAUCUGUCCACCGAUAUUCCUGCUGACAUCGUGUGA